AUGGCCGACUUCAAUAUCAGCGAUGCGCUCACACACUAUCUAGACGACCCCCAAGCGAUCCCCACCCCCGAGGCCGAUUCCGCGCUUGUUGACUGCGAAAACAACCCCGAUGCGUUUACACCAGGCCUGAUCAACAGCGUGCUCAACGGCAUAGUCGAUGCGAUCGCGAACAACCCAGAAGCGAUUCUUCAACCAAGCAAUUUUGACAGCUUACAGUUUUUGCUCAAGUGCGCGCCCACAAUUCCUUUACACCAACAGUCUUGCACAAAAAACACCCAUUCUGACAUUGAGUUGUUUGCUCUCUCUAGGCAGGCCUCCUUCAUCCCAUCAGCGUCGCUUGGCAAAAUCUUCGAACACGUCAUCAGCGUUUUGGGCGCGGAAGCCGAGAUCGUGCACCAUGAAGAGCAGGAAGGAGAAACCGAGGUCGCGCAACAUAAACAAAUACUGGAGAUGUUUGCAUUCUUGCUGCAGUGGUGCGUCGCAGCGGUAGAAGCCAAGAGCGCAGAGAAGCCUGCUGCGCCUGCCAGAGGGAAGGGUGCAAAAGGCGCGAAGAGCAAGGCAGCACAGAAAGAUGGUACCUGGGAUCCUUCGGCGCAGCUCCAAACAGCGCUGGACACCAUGGCGAAAGUCAUGAAGCUCAAGCUGUCCAAGAUCUUCGUGACGACUAGCGAGCGCGAUACCUUCAUCGGACUGUUCACAAGGCCAACAUAUCUGAUACUGGAAAGCGAGACGAGAGUGAAGAGCCAGGCCAUUCGGAUGCACGCUUGGAAGGUGCUCUGUGUGGCCAUUAAACACCACGGACACGCAUAUGGCGCGCAGACCAGUAUCGUUCAGAAUCUGACGUACUUCGAGCAUCUUUCAGAGCCCAUGGCAGAGUUCUUGAACAUCUUGGCCGAGCAAUACGAUUACCCGCAACUGGCCGAGGAAGUUAUGAAGGAGCUGUCGACGAAAGAGUUCAGUGACAACGACAACAAGGGACCGAAAUCAGUAUCGACAUUCGUAGCACGACUCUCUGAACUCGCGCCUCGCCUUGUGCAGAAGCAGGUUACGUAUUUGGCCAAAUUACUGGAGAGCGAGAACUACACCCUUCGCAUGGCGAUCCUUGAAGUCUGUGGCAACUUGAUUUCCAUGCUGUCCAAGGUCGAGGAAAGCGAGCGAAGGGAAGAGCAUAAGGGACAGAUCAACGCCUUUUUCGAAGUGCUGGAAGAACGAUUCUUGGAUGUCAAUCCUUAUGCUCGAUGCAGAGCGAUCCAGGUGUAUGUCAAGCUGUGCGAUUUGGAGACAAAAUAUCCAAAACGUCGGCAGCGAGCCGCAGAACUCGCAACACAAAGCCUGGAGGACAAGUCGUCCAAUGUCAGGCGUAACGCGAUUAAGCUACUUGCAAAGUUGCUCGAGACACAUCCGUUUGCUGUGCUUCAUGGAGGACAACUCAGCCAUGAGCAGUGGAGCGAGCGACUGGAGGCUUGUGAGAAUGAGUUGGCGAAUUUGAAGCCCCCAGCUGGAACACCUGGACUGGGAGAACGUGCAGAGAAUGACCAGACCGUGGAUGAAAGCCUCCUCAACGAGCCGACCCAAGUCGAACCUGCAGAAAAGCCACCUCAAACAGAGGAGGAGCUGGCUGCGGCAAUGGAAAAGGCGCAAGAGGAAGCUGCAACUGCCGAGGCCAUCAACAAACUUCAAUUGACAAGACGAUACUAUGUCGAGGCUCUGAGGUUCAUUGAGACACUUCAUGAAGCCUCAGAGCAUGUGACUCAGCUCUUGUCGUCCAAGAAUAAGACUGAGGUCAUUGAAGCAAUGGACUUCUUCGUCACAGCCGAUGCGUACGAGCUUGAAACCGCGAAGAUUGGCAUUCGUCGGAUGCUCCGUUUGAUCUGGACCAAGGGCAACAGCGAUGAGGGCAAAGGCGUGCAGACGCAUCUCAUCGAAUGCUACAAGGGCCUCUUCUUCACCGCACCUGGCAACUUCAGCCCGAAUGACGCCGCAAACUAUGUUGCCAGGAACAUGAUGAGUCUGACUUACGGUGCUUCGCCUGCGGAACUGACGAGUCUCGAACAACUUUUGGCCACCAUGAUGAAGGAGAAAGCGAUAAACGAUCUGGUCAUUCAGAAGCUUUGGCAGGUGUACGGAGUUCAGAAGAAGGAGAUUUCGAAAUCUCAGCGACGGGGUGCAAUUAUCGUGCUCGGUAUGCUGGCUCUCGCAGAUCCUGAGAUCGUCGUUCGAGAGAUGGAGACCUGCCUUCGCAUCGGUCUGGGUUCCGUCGGACGACGCGACCUUGUUCUCGCACGCUUCACUUGCAUCGCACUCAUGCGAAUGACGAACAACAAGCCAGUCAAAGGCACAGAAGCCGGACCAAGCACAAGAUUGCCCAACGAUCAUGCAGUACUUGUUCGCCUGGCUGGUCUGCUCGAGAUCGAGAGUGAUAGCCGUGACUGGUACGGCAUGGCAGAGCAGGCGAUUGGCGCUAUCUACGCUCUUUCGAAGCACCCGGAUGUUCUGUGCUCGGAUGUGGUGCGACGCAAGACAAAGACUGUCUUCGCUCGCAAGGCGUCGGCUUCAAGUCCACCACCGAAGACGGAGACAGACGACGACAGCCAGAUGGACGUCGACGGCGAUGUAGAGAUGAGUGACAUGCCAGCAGAUGCUCCCGCAGAGGCCGAACCAGAGCAGAAGGCAGAAGAAGACCCAUUAGACGCCAGCGGCUCUGCAUUGGCUCUCUCCCAGCUUCUCUUCGCUGUCGGCCACAUUGCACUAAAGCAGAUUGUCCACCUUGAAUUGUGUGAACAAGACUUCAAGCGGCGAAAAGCCGAGAAGGAGAAGAGCAAUGCGCCGUCAUCAGCGAAGAAAGCCCCAGGCAGUCGAGCCGUCUCCGGAGCCUCUAAGAAGGGCAACGGCAAGAAGGAAGACGAGCCGGAUGAGCUUGACCUGAUGGCUGGUACCACCGAGGACGACUUCACAGACGCGAUAGCACACGUCCGUGAGCGGGAGCUUCUCUACGGCCAGCAGUCACUGCUUACACACUUCGGGCCUUUGGUCAAGGAGAUAUGCAGCAACAACACGUCUUAUCCAAAUGCUGAGCUGCAGGCACAAGCGGCACUCUGCAUGGCCAAGCUCAUGUGCGUGAGCUCAGAGUAUUGCGAGACCAAUCUCAGCCUGCUCAUCACUAUAUUGGAGAGGUCGCCUUCUUCCAUCACCCGCAGUAACCUUGUCGUUGCCCUGGGCGACAUGGCGGUCUGCUUCAACCACCUGAUCGACGAAAACACCGACUUCCUCUACCGCCGCCUGUCAGACGCCAGCCUCCAAGUCAAGCGGACCUGCUUGAUGACUUUGACCUUCUUGAUCCUCGCUGGACAAGUGAAGGUCAAGGGCCAGCUAGGCGAGAUGGCCAAAUGCGUCGAGGACAGCGAUGACCGUAUCCGGGAGAUGAGCCGCAUGUUCUUUGGCGAGCUGGCGGGCAAGGACAACGCGGUGUACAACCACUUCGUGGACAUGUUCAGUCUGCUGUCGGCGGAUGAAUCGCUGGAAGAGGAGCGGUUCAAGAAGAUUGUCAAGUUUUUGACGAGCUUCAUCGAGAAGGACAAACACGCCAAACAGCUGGCCAGCAAACUGGCUCCUCGAUUACAGCGUGCGGAGAGCGAGCGGCAAUGGAACGAUGUAGCGUUUGCAUUGCAGCAACUUCCGCAUAAGAACGAGGAUAUUUCCAAGUUGGUUAGUGAGGGGUGUAAGGUUGUUGAGGCUGGUGCUUGA